UCAAGCGAACGAACGCCACACACACUCAUACUUGACAAAACAAGCUAUACGUGAGCCCGUUACAAAAGGUCAAGGCCGACACUGAUUUGCUGGGGUGUUUUUUAAGCCCCAGGCCUAUUUCGUUCGGCCCAGACUUGCAGACCCAGUGUGUUGGCUCAUUUUGUUUCCCAGUCUCGUUUCUGACCAAGGAUUCACAGCUGCUUAGAGCUUAGCUUUCUUCGAGCUUAAACAGUCUACAGAGGGAAUUAAAGAUCUGGUCGCCGGAGUUAUUUCUCAACUUGGAAGCACAGUGAGCCCAAAACACCCCUACAUUCCCGUAUCUUCGUCAGCUGUAAGCGUCAUGUCGACCCCCAAACUGUUCUACUUCGACAUAAUGGGUCGGGCAGAAAUGAUCCGACUCGUGUUUGCUGCUGCAGGGAAACAACUUGAGGACGUUCGGUUUCCUGAGACAGAGUGGCCACAGUACAAAGAAAAGGCUCCUUUUGGAUUGGCUCCAUACAUGGAAAUAGAUGGGAAACUUUAUGCACAGUCAGUGGCCCUGUCAACAUACUUCGCCAAACUGUUUGAUCUCUAUGGGAAAACGGACAAAGAAUGUCUUCAGAUCGAUCAGUUGCUGAAUGUCAUCCAGGACUUUAUUACCAUAUCGUUUAAAAUUUACGAGGAACCAGAUGAAGAAAAAAAG